AUGUCUGCGGAAGUCCGGCUCGUCCGGCUCGACGGCGCAGAGCGGCUCGCAGCCGUGCAGGCGUAUGAGGAGCGGUGCUCCGCGCUGGGCUGCGCCGCGCCGCAGGCCUCGCGCUACCGAGCUUUCGAGGAGCUGCUGCGGCAUGGCUUCCACGGCGAGCCACGGCCGGUCGAGCAGGGAGGUCUGAUGAGCCCGGGCAGCAAGUGGUUCCCAAAGCUCCGUGCCCUCCGGGACGCGAUUGCCACUUUCGAAUCGCGGGGCGGAGACUUUUUCGACGCGCUGCUGCCGGCAGCGCUUCGGUCCGCAUGCGACAAAAUGGUGCCGUCUUCGUUGCCGACGGCAGGCCGUGUCUCGGUGCCGAGGCGGCACGCGACGAGCUACCUCUGCAACGCUCUCCUGCUCAACGCGCCGCGUGGCUCUCCUCUCGACUUCCUCGGAGGCGGCGCCGACCCACUCUUCGCCUCGACUGCGAAGAUUGCGCCGCACAAGAUCUCGUGCCUCCUCGCCUAUCUGCAAGUCACAACCUGCGCCCGCGGCCGCCUCGCCCUCGCCGCCGCACCGCCCGCGGUCGCUCUUGAGCGCAACUCUGCGAGGAGCAAUGCCGCAGGCGAGGGCGGCGAGGGAGGCGGCGGCGGCGGCGGCGGCGGCGGCGGCGAGAGGGGCAGCGGGAGCAGUGGCGGCGGCGGCGGCGAGGGGGGCAGCGGAAACAGUGGCGGCGGCGGCGGCGAGAGGAGCAGCUGCAGCGGGGACGGCGAGGGGCUGCCGCUCUCGGAAGUGGUCGUGGAGCUAGUCGCUACGGAGGAUGCCUUUCCUGUGGUCGGUGCGGCGGCGGCUUCUUCCGCGGCGGCGUCUGAGGGCGACGGCAGCGGUGGCGGCGGCAACGGCGAUGGUGGCGGCGGCAGCGGCGGCGGCAGCGGCAGCGGCAGCGGCGAUGAUGGUGGCGGCGGCGGCAGCGGGCCCGCCUCGAUUUCGUCACUGCUCGUGUGCUCCUCCUCGUCGUACGGUGGCGGGCCGGUGGCUGGCAACUCGGCGAGUGAGGAGGAGGUUGCGCUGCUGACCCACCCCGAGGCGCGGUCGGACCUCUGCGUUGCGCCGGCCCUGGCCGUCCUCGUGCACGGCGCGCUGCGCUACUGCAGCUGCCGCGGCGCCGGCCACAGUUUCGCAUUUGGCGAGGCGGCGGCGCCCGAGACGUGGAGGGACGCCCCUUCCACCCUCCUCUGGCUCGACCCUCUCCGCCGCCCAUCCACGGCGCAGUUCCACCCGGACGCCGUGCGUCGCGAGGUGCGGAAGCUGGCCGUGGGAUUCUCUGCGCUUCGGAGGCAAGCACUGCCUCCGUCCGCGUCGCCGCUCGUCGCCGCCUCGCUGUGGGGAUCGGAAGGCUUCGGCGGCGGCCAGCCCGUCGCGCGCAUGCUGCUUCUCGCCGCCGCCGCCUCCGAAGCGGGCGUGCGGCUACGGCUGCUGCUGCCGCGAGGCUGCGAGGCCAAGUGGUUCAAGGGCGCUCCUGCCAGCAGCGCGUCGCUCGUGCGCCUCCUUUGCGCAGAGGCGCCGCAGAGCAAGCCGCGGCUCGCCACUGACGUCGCCGCCUUUGCAUCAUACGCCAUUCGCACGCUGCGAUCCGGCGCGCCGCUUCAAACUUGCCCACUUGCCCCCGUCUCCGCGCUUCUCAUUUCUGGAAAGUUGCUAACGUGCAAUGAGCUUCAGCUGCGUAAAUGGAUUCGAGCACUCGAGGAGCAGGCGCGGCAGUCGAUGGGGGACCUGCGCGGGCCCUCUCGCAUCGUGAAUGACCCGCUCGGCGCGGCUGCAAUGAGGGUGGCGUUCAGCCGGCCGGCGGGAUCGUUGGGUGACGGGCCGGUGCAUAACGUGAGCUUCUACAUGUACACUGACCCUGCCCUCGACCACGCCUGGUUCGCAAACUGCGUUGGCUUCCAGCAGCUCAUCAACUCGUCAAAGAAUGACAACCUGGCCGAGGUCGGCAUGCGGCACGCACUCGAGCGACUGCCGCAGCGGGUGCAAGACCCAGCGCUGGCGCAGCUGUUUUAUGUGCCCGUCUUUGAAUACUCCUCGUGGUCGAUGGGUGAAUGCCGCGGGACGACACACCCAACGCGCGUGGCCGCUGCCACUGCCAAGCUCUCGGCGAGCCCGUGGUACCAGAGGCACCAGGGUGCAGACCACGUCUUUGCCUCUAGCGCGUACAGCAUCUCAAACACCGAGAACUCCAUGGCCCACCGAAUGGGCAACCUCGGCAAGUUGCUCAAGAUGCCCGACGUGACUGUCCGUUUCCUUCGGCCGACCUCGAACGAUUUGGCGACCAAGAUGCCGCGAGCUAGUAGCGGGCCGAGCGAGUUCAGAUGCGGCGCCGGCUGGCGUCGGCUCGACCGGCCCCCGUAUUGCGUGCCUUGGGUUGGAGGCAUACGCCGGUCGCCGGCCGAGGGCGAGGGCAGCGGCCGAAGGCUCGAAGCCAAGAGCCAGCGCGAGCGCGCCACGGUCAAGGCACGCGAGCGCCAAUCGGCGUUCGUCAAGGGGCACAGGGAGUGGUUGCAGACCCAACGGUUCCGGAACGUCGAGUCGUCGAUGUUUGAGCAGACGGCGCGCGAGAUGGCGUCCUCCAUUUUCUGCCUCAUGCCGGCCGGUCGAAACUUCCUCGCGCAAGCGAUAGAGUCAAAGUGCUACCGCAGA